UAUUGUCCCCCAGUGACAGAGAUAAUCCUUAUCUAUCCAGUAGCAAUAGGCACUCUCCUUCUAAAAAGAAACUCUCAAGCGAAGGCCAGAAGCAAGAGAGAAAUGGAUGGGAUACAGCAAGUGGCCUUACCCGUUCUAGGAAUUGUAGCAGCUGCAGCUGUUACCUUCUAUGUUGUAAGCUUUGCCGAGCUUAGAGAGAAGUCUGUCAGAGAUUUAGAAGACUCGGAGUCUGAAAAUGGAGGAUUCAAGUAUGUAAGCUCGAGGGAGAGGCGGGCUAGAAGAAAAGCAGAGAAACAAGACAAAAGUUAAAGGAAGGCAGCGCAGUUCUUGGCUCCUGAACAAGCUCUGAAGAUGAGUUGGAGAUGGUUCUUAAUAAAGAUGGAGGAUCAACAUCUCAUUGUGGUCGUACUUGUCAACGUCGUAAGUAUAUUAGGAGUGAUCAUUUAGAAGGGCACGAACGGUUACUUUGUGACUAUUUAGCAGACUCACCAAUAUAUUACUUGAAUUUGUUUUGAAAGAGAUUUUGUAUGGGUCAUAAACUUUUUCUUUGUAUUCAACAUGAGGUAGAUGCUUACGAGCCUUACUUCAUCUAAAGAAGAGAUAAUGUUGGAAGAAUUGAUCUUUCUUCAUUGCAAAAGAUAGCUGCUGCACUUAGAAUUCUUCUGUAUGGAGUAACCUCUGAUUUCAUA